CUUGAUCUCUCUCUCUCGAUCGAUCAAUCUCUCUUUCUUACAAGUUCUUGAACACACACACACAAUUUCUUGAUCUCUCUCUCUUUCUCUCUGUCUCUCACUUCUUUUCUUUUACUCUCUUCUUACUGUCUUACAGAUUCAAAACAUUCUCUCCCUCCCCCUCUUUCUCACCAUUUCUCUUGCUCUCUCUCUCUUUCUCACUAUUUCUCUCUCUCUGACAUCACACCAGAUUCUCCUCCCCGUCUCUCCUCCUUCUCUCUGUCCCUCUCAUCCCCUCUGUCUCUCUCGAUGUCCUUUGAGGAGAGCAGUGUGUGAGUAUCAGUAAGGAGCACCAUGCGGACACACGCAGCCCGGGCUGCUCUCUCUCUCACUGCUGUGUUCCUGCUGCUGGACAUCACUAAAGUUGGAGGAUCUGUGAUCGGAGAAACGCGGGGAGAUGAGGAGGAGAGGAACAAAGACACUGCAGCAGGCCCUCUACAGGUCAUGGUAAUACCCUCACAUGUCCAGAUCCAGGCAGAACAGAGGAAGCGUGUCCUGUGCAGAGCGAUGGGGGGAGCUCAGAGCAUCGUCUGGAUCGGCCCCGAUGGAGGGAGCGUCUCAGAAAACGACAGGAACAUCAAAGCACAAAGGCAUGACGAGUCGACCAGCUCGCUCGUCAUCAUCUCGGCUCGGGUGGAGGACGCCGGCGUGUACACGUGUGUGGCUGAAACCGCACACACCACAGCGCAAGCUCAGCUCAACCUGGAGGUCACGUUGAAACGAGCCCGGAGAAGAGCGAAGAAGGAGGAACGAGAGAAAAGACAGAAAUUACCCAAACCCACAAAGAAACCCAAGCGUCCGAAAACCACUAAGAAGCCCAAAACUGAGAAGAAAGAUAAGAAGAAGAAAGACAAGAAGAAUAAAAUGGUCACCACCACCACUUUACCUCCAACUACGACCACCACGGAGCCGCCCACCACGGAGCCACCCACCACCGAGCCGCCCACCACCGAGCAGCCCACCACCGUAAUCGAUUACAAUGAGUUUGUGGAUCCGUUUCCAGAUGAUUACUGGGAUGAAGAAUAUUUGACGGCGGAAACUACUACAGUACCCCCUGACCCCCCGACGCAGGAGCCUACAGACGAUCUCGAACACUUCCCCACAGAUGACUAUUCACAGCCGUACACUGACCCUGAUGAUGACUACUGGAAGUUUGAUGAUCCUGAACCCACAGUCCCAGUGAUCAGUGGCAAAGACAAAGAUGAUGAUGAUGAUUACUGGGACUCGACAUUUGAAGUGCCAGAAAACAUACCAUUCCCAGACGGUAAGGAGAUCAGUCCGACUGAACACGACUGGAGUUACUCUAUUACGGAAGAGCCCACAGUCCCGACAUACGAAAACAAGUGGUAUGAGGAGUACGACUAUGAAUACGAGAAGAAAAAAGACGAUGAGCAGGAGAGACUAGAGAGAGAGAGGGAGAGAGAGUGGAAGGAGAUGGAGGAGAGAGAGAGAAGAAGGGAGGAGGAGGAGGAAGAGGAGGAGAGACAACGCAGGCUCAAAAAACCUCCACGCAUCUACAGAGAGCCGAAAACAUGUCCUCCACUGGGACUGGAGUCUCAUCGCAUUGACGCUGACCAGCUGCAAACGUCCUCCAUGCAUCUUCAUCGCUACGGUGCUCACAGAGCUCGCCUCAACAUCCAGGCGUCAGGAGAUGAGUAUGAUCUGAACGGAGGAGCUUGGUGCGCGAACCCCGAGGAGAAAGACCACUGGAUCGAACUGGACACUCGCAUGCUCACGGAGUUCACCGGGGUCAUCACGCAGGGCCGAGACGACCCCCUCGAAAACGAUUAUGUCACCACCUACUACGUGGCCUUCAGUAAUGACAGUCGAGAAUGGACUGUGCUCCAUGAUGGGUACUCAGAAUGGCUUUUUUUCGGGAACUCUGACAAACACACCCCCGUGAUGUCUCAGUUCAUGGAUUCGGUGGUGGCGCGUUACAUCCGCAUCCUUCCUCAGAGCUGGAACGGUACCGCAUGCAUGAGGAUAGAGGUCUUGGGCUGCCCUGUGCCUGAUCCUCUCAACGAGAACCAGAUGCAGAACGAGGUGAUGCCGAGAGAUGACCUGGACUACACCUACCACAGUUACCUGGACAUGGAGAAGUUGAUGAAGUCCAUUUCAGACGAGUAUCCCACCAUCACCAGGAUGUACAGCUUGGGCAAGAGUUCAAAAGGCCUAGAUAUCUACGCCAUGGAGAUCACGGAUAAGCCCGGGGUCCAUGAGACGGGUGAGCCGGAGUUCCGCUACACAGCUGGUUACCAUGGUAACGAGGCUUUGGGUCGAGAACUCCUGCUGAUGCUCAUGCAGUACCUCUGUAAGGAGUACAAAGACGGAAACCCGCGAGUGCGCAUCCUGGUGGAUGGAAUACGCCUUCACCUUGUACCCUCAGUCAACCCCGAUGGUCAUGUGACAGCUUUCGAGAAGGGGUCUGAGCUGGGCAGCUGGACACUGGGCCAUUGGACUGAGCAUGGACAUGACAUCUUCCAGAACUUUCCAGACCUUAACACUGUGUACUGGAAUGCAGAGGACAAAGGCAUGGUGCCCAAAUUGACCCCAAAUCACCAUGUGCCCAUUCCUGAUGGCUACCUGGCAGAAAAUGGACCCUUAGCAGUGGAGACACGGGCCCUUAUCUCCUGGAUGGAAAGCCACCCAUUUGUCCUAGGAGCCAAUCUGCAAGGCGGAGAGCGGAUGGUCACCUACCCUUUCGACAUGCGUCGGCUCACCAAAGAGGCUGAGGAGCUGGAGAAGAAGCUGAACCACAGGGCUUAUCGUCGCAAGCGCCAAUAUGAGGAAGAUCCAGAAUCAAAUCCUUACCACCACAUCGGGUACCAUCAAGAAAGCUAUGGUUACCCUCAAGAGAACUAUGGCUACCACCAAGAAAGUUAUGGAUACCAUCAAGAGAACCAAGAAUACCACCAUCAGGGGUACGAUCAUGAGGGUCAUUCUGAAGGGUACCACGAAGGGUACCAUGAUCGGGGAUACCAGGAAGGAUACCAGGAAGGACACCAGGAAGAAGGCUAUGAACAAGGGCAUGGACAGGCAGAACCAGAUGAAAUCAGGAUGAUUGAGGACCAGUCUCUGUUCCGCUGGUUGGCCAUAUCUUAUGCUUCCACUCACCGCACAAUGACCCAUACGUUCCGGAGAGGUUGUCAUACCGAGGACCCCACAGGUGGAAUUGGAAUUGUCAACCGUGCCAAAUGGAAGCCCAUUCCAGGAAGUAUGAAUGAUUUCAGCUACUUACACACCAACUGUUUGGAGUUGUCCAUCUUCCUGGGCUGUGACAAGUAUCCCCAUCAGAGUGAGCUCCAGAGAGAGUGGGAGUACAACAGAGAGGCUCUGCUCACACUCAUGGAUCAGGUGCACCGGGGGAUAAAGGGGGUUGUUCGAGACAAGGAGGGGAACCCCAUUGUAAAUGCCAGUAUUUCUGUAGAAGGAGUCAAUCAUGAUAUCACCACAGGUGAGGCUGGUGAUUACUGGCGCAUGCUGAAUCCUGGUGAGUAUCAGGUGACAGCACGGGCCUACGGCUAUUCCUCCAUGAGCCGAAAGUGUGCGGUGGGUUUCGAACCAGGUGCCACCCUGUGCAACUUUGAACUUAACAAAUCCAACUGGGACCGCAUCAAAGAGAUCAUGGCACUUCAUGGCAACAAGCCCAUCCGAUUGCUCAACCCCGGAAAAGGCAGUCGCUAUACCUUCCGUGGCGACAGAAAGAUCAGCAACCAGAUUCCUAACGGUAACGGUGGAUAUACUGACCGAACCCGUCUACGACGCUUAAGGAUCAUGAGGCUUCGUCGAUUGCGGCAACAGAGGCUGAUGGCCAAGAUGUCAACUACACCAAGUAUGACAACAUUGCCACCAACAACCACCGAGCCCACUACUACCACAGCCAUCCCCACCACAACCACCACGAUUCCACCAAGUACGUCGACCUUCACACCAUGGUAUGAUUCAUGGCUGCCGGAGGAGGAAAACCCCAUCCAACCAGAGCUCGAGAUCACAGACUCGUUGGAUUACGACUAUAACUUCAAGAUUGAUGAUUACUGGGAGAGUCUGGAGGUCACGAAUGAGACUAUAAGCACAUAGAGUGCGACCUCCUCCGCCUGUGGCAUAUUCAACCAGCACAGUCAAGUGCUCAUGGAAAGUUCUUGAACCAUCACAUAAUGGGUUCUGAAGGAAGUACUUACCAAAGUUCUCCGAGUACAAGUGCUCCACCAAGAACUUGCGUUAUUUCAUCAGUUUCAAGGAACUAACACCGUUCAAAACGGGCAUCUCUGGAUCAGCAAGGUUGGACUUGAUCGUAAAUUUGAUCAGCUCUGGUCAUGUGACAAAGACGUAUUUUAUGCUAAGCACUACCAAAGAGCAUCAUUUAUUUGAUAAACCACAUAAUCUGACUUAACCGACUAUUUAAAUACAACAUUAGCUACAUGUCUACCGUCCUGCUUUCUGGCAAACUGUCCAGUGUGAUGUCACAUGAUCAAGUCUGACUAAAUUUAACUGAAGCUCCACCCCUUUUUGACCAAGAGACAGCCCUUACUCACCAUUGCAAUAUAAACUUGUCUGUGCCGUCUUGGUUAGUUUUAAAUGAUGCAUGUUAACUGUAACAAAUAUGCAUUAGAUAACUGACGAAAUAAAACUAGUUGCUGUUGGCGUUAUUUAAAGCUGCACCCGUCAGUCGUCUACAGCUUUUUUGUUUUUCCGAAGGCAAUAACAGGUUACAGAUGUCGCCAUCGUCUUUCAUUAACGACUCCUCUACAGCCUGCCACAUUUUGUUUUCUUACAAUUAUAACACUGGGCUCUAACUUCACAAACGUCCCCAUCCCGUGUCCUCCGACGACCCACACGGUUCCCACAGAGCCACAACUGAACAUUUAUACAAAAAAAGUGACUUUAUUUACACUUCUUUCACACAAAUAAGCACCUGUGUCAGCACUGCACAAUGUCUACAGGAGAUGUUUCUCUCAGAGAGACCUCGCGGUCGAAUGGACUUGGUUUUUUUUUUGUUUCAUCCAAUAAAGGCUUGUUUAUGGA